GUAGACUCCAUCGCCAUUCCCCUCGUCGCCUUGCUCUGUAGAUCCUUCUCUCUGCUCCUUUCCCGGCGAUCAUCCUGCGCAUCUAGUAGCAGCGAUCGUCGGGCUUCGCGCUCGCAAUUACAGUCAUCUGCUCCGACGUACGGCUGAGCAGCUUCGUCGUGCAUCCUGCGAGACGCCACAGAUUUCUCUCCCCCUUUUCCAUGCGUUGUUCUCGAGGCGUUUUGAUCCCGUUUCAGUGAUUCGAAGAGGGAGGGCAUAUGAAAUCCGCGGAGAUCAGGACCCUUUUCGUCUUCUGGCUCGUUUUCACCGGAUUGAGCCUCGCCAAUGGGGAGGAUGCCAAGAAGAACAAGUUUCGGGAGCGGCAGGCUUCAGACGAUGAGCUCGGCUACCCCAAUCUAGACGAAAGUGCAUUGCUGAACACGCAGUGCCCUAAGAAUUUGGAGCUGAGAUGGCAGACGGAGGUUAGCUCUAGCAUAUAUGCCCCCCCGUUGAUCGCUGAUAUCAACAGUGAUGGCAAGCUGGACAUAGUAGUAUCUUCUUUUGUUCACUACCUUGAAGUCUUAGAAGGUGCUGAUGGAGACAAGAUGCCGGGAUGGCCUGCUUUCCACCAGUCAACCGUGCACGCAAGCCCUCUCCUGUACGACAUUGACAAGGAUGGUGUGAGGGAGAUAUCUUUGGCUACCUAUAAUGGUGAAGUGCUGUUUUUCAGGGUAUCAGGUUACAUGAUGGCAGAUAAAUUAGAGAUACCUCGCAGGAAAGUACGUAAAGAUUGGUAUGUUGGUUUACAUCCAGAUCCAGUGGACCGUUCUCAUCCAGAUGUGCACGAUGAGCAGCUUAUCCAGGAUGCCAUGGAGUCAAAAUUAUUUUCUCAAGACAAUGGGAGCACAACUAGAUCCAGUCCAUCAGUUCCCUCAACAUCGGAUAGCAACCUUGGCACGGGGAAUGUGACCAAGCCAGAAAAUGAAUUGAACUUGAAUGGAGCUCAAGCAGAGAGAAACAUUAAGCUGCCUACAAGCAUGGAUAACUCAACUACCACAGAUAACUCAACUAACACAGAUAACUCAACUGGCACAACAGGAUCAACUCAGGCUUCUGAUUCAGCUCACGGAACAAGUUCUGGCAGACGGCUUUUGGAAGACAUUAACUCUAAGGGAUCUCAGGAAGCUGGCUCUGAAUCCACUGUUAAUAACGUCAAGGACACUCAAGCUGCGACUGUUGAAAAUGAAGCAGGUCUAGAAGCUGAUGCUGACUCGUCAUUUGACCUGUUUCGUGAUAAUGAUGAGCUUCCUGAGGAGUACAGUUACGACUAUGAUGAUUAUGUUGAUGAAAGUAUGUGGGGAGAUGAGGAAUGGACUGAAGCACAACAUGAGAAAUUGGAAGACUAUGUGAACAUUGAUGCACACGUUUUAUGCACCCCGGUCAUAGCAGACAUUGAUAACGAUGGGGUGUCCGAGAUGGUCGUCGCUGUCUCAUACUUCUUUGAUCAUGAGUACUAUGACAACCCGGAGCAUUUAAAGGAACUGGGUGAUAUCAAUAUUGAGAAAUAUGUGGCUGGUGGGAUCGUUGUUUUUAAUCUUGAUACGAAGCAAGUUAAAUGGACAACACCACUAGAUCUUAGCACAGACAGUGGGAACUUUCGUGCCUACAUAUAUUCUUCUCCUACAGUUGUUGAUUUGGAUGGUGAUGGAAAUUUGGACAUCCUGGUUGGAACUUCCUUUGGCCUCUUCUAUGCAUUGGACCAUCAAGGUAAAAUCAGAGAAAAAUUUCCCCUUGAGAUGGCUGAAAUUCAUGGAGCAGUAGUUGCAGCAGAUAUUAAUGAUGAUGGUAAGAUUGAACUUGUCACCACGGAUACUCAUGGAAAUGUUGCUGCCUGGACUGCACAAGGAGUAGAGAUUUGGGAAAAGCAUCUUAAGAGCCACAUUGCUCAGGGUCCAACCAUAGGUGAUGUCGAUGGUGAUGGGCACACUGAUGUUGUUGUUCCAACAAUAUCAGGGAACAUUUAUGUUCUUAGUGGCAAGGAUGGUUCAGUCGUCCGUCCAUAUCCUUAUAGGACUCAUGGAAGAAUUAUGAAUCAAGUUCUCCUUGUUGAUCUAAAUAAACGCAAAGAGAAGGAGAAAAAGGGACUUACUCUCGUUACUACAUCAUUUGAUGGUUAUCUGUAUCUUAUUGAUGGGCCCACGUCAUGCGCUGAUGUAGUUGACAUUGGUGAAAUUUCAUAUAGCAUGGUAUUAGCAGAUAAUGUCGAUGGCGGUGAUGAUUUGGAUCUUAUUGUGACAACUAUGAAUGGAAAUGUCUUUUGCUUCUCAACUCCUGCUCCUCAUCAUCCAUUGAAGGCAUGGAGAUCGGCAUAUCAAGGAAGAAACAACGUUGCCAAUCGGCAUGACCGUGAAGGAGUCUAUGUCUCACAUUCCUCGAGAACUUUCCGUGAUGAGGAAGGCAAGAGCUUCUGGGUGGAGUUUGAAAUUGUCGAUAAAAAUAGAUAUCCGUCUGGGUAUCAAGCACCUUACAAUGUCACGACUACCUUGUUGGUUCCUGGCAACUACCAAGGAGAGCGAAGGAUAAGGCAAAACCAGAUAUAUGAUCGCCCUGGAAAAUAUCGAAUAAAGCUACCAACUGUUGGCGUGAGGACAACUGGAACUGUUUUGGUGGAGAUGGUUGACAAGAAUGGACUUUACUUCUCAGAUGAGUUCUCUCUUACAUUUCAUAUGUACUACUACAAGCUGCUAAAGUGGCUUCUCGUUCUGCCUAUGCUCGUCAUGUUUGGUAUACUUGUCAUCCUUCGUCCUCAGGAAGCCAUGCCACUUCCGUCAUUUUCAAGAAACACCGACUUGUGAUAAAACAUCCUUUCAUCAAAUUUCAACCCAGCGCAAAGGCAGAUUGUAUACUUGGGAAGGAAGUCUGGUUAAAUCAAUGAUUCAGUAGUACCAAUUUUCUCCAGCGAGCCCUGACAAUACAUUGAAACGGAUAUUGAUUGCCUAAAUAGAAUAGUGUUUUUGGAAAUAGCUGACACAGAAUCAAAAGCUGUAACAUGGGGGAUCUGAAGUUUUGGAUGAUAGUUCAAAAUUAUUUUUACUUUAAAUGUUGCUAAUAACUUAUGCUUAUCGUC